AUUCAACUCAUAUUUCCGCGAUCUGCACCCAAAUCCUGAACCUAUGUUACUGCAUUGACCAUAUUGUCUUAAUUAUUGUCGAUUUCGAUACGCUAUCACCGGUUUUGAGCUACACACUCACGAUAAAGGAUGCCUUCGUUCGGCUUCUAUAACUCUUUUGGUGCUCCAAAGCCUGUUUUUGAAACCAAAACAGGCUCUGGAUGGAGUCCUUUUGGCACUACCACAACCCCGGCUUUCAGCACUACCAGUUGCCCGGCUUUUGCCACUAGUAACCCAGCUUUUGACUUUACCACCUUUUUUGGCGCCCCGGUUUUCAACACUGCUAGCACUCCAGCUUUUGGCACUAAUUGUACCACCACUUUGGCCACUACAGGUACCCCGGCUUUUGGCACUACUAGUACCCCAACUAUUGGCACCCCGAUCACCAUAACCCCUGGUGUAGGCACUUCUACUGCUCCAACUGGUGGCACUAAUGCCAUCGCCAUAACCUCUAGUGUUGGCACUGCUAGUACUCCAACUGUUGGCAAUAGUAUCACCAUAGCCCCAUCUGUUGGCGCUACUGUCACCAUAGCCCCAGCUUUGGGUACUAGUAUCACCAUAACCCAAGCUGCGGGAACUACUAUCACCAUAACCAGCAACCCAACUUAUGGUGCUACAAGCACCCCAGUCAUUGGCGGUGCAAGUACUCCAUCCUUUUGCUUUCCAACACCCACUGCUCCUACAAGCACCCCAGGCAUUGGUGGUGCAAGUACUCCAUCCUUUUUCUUUCCAACAUCCACUGCUCCUACAAGCACCCCAGGCGGUUUUACUAAUUCUUUUGGCUUUCCAACAUCCACUACUUCUACUUUUGCGCAAUCAACUUGCACCUCUUGCAGCAGCCAAGUUGGUGCUUCAUCUCCUUUUGGACCGCGGAGACCUCCAUUUGGAGCUCAGUCAACACCAAUAGUUGGGAACAAUGCCUCUAGGCAGUCAGCUUUUAGGGGCCACCACGGGCAGGGAAGUAGAGUGGUUCCUUACACUGCAUCUGCUGAAAUAGAUAGUAAUGGUGCUGGUCGUAUGAAGUCAAUAUCAGCAAUGCCAAUUCAUGAGCAUAAAUGUCACGAGGAACUGAGAUGGGAAGAUUAUCAAUUGGGGGAUAAAGGUGGAGCGGUUCCUCCUGGUGGGAGUGGCUUCAGCUGCCAGUUUACCACACAGUCAUUUCUUCAGAAAGAAAAACCCACUUCCUUUGGGCCGUAUGGAAGUCCAUUUGCUCACACAUCCUCAAGUACUUCCAAUAUCUCAAGUUCAUCUCCAUUUGGUCAACCAUCUUCAAGUCCAUUUGGUCAACCAUCUUCAAAUCCAUAUGGUCGAACAUCUUCAAGUCCAUUUGCUCCACCAUCUUCAAGUCAAUUUGUUCAACCAUCUUCAAGUCCAUUUGCUCAAAGCCUCGGUUCAUCAAUUUCGGGGAAUUCCAAUCUUUUUACACCUUCAUCAAUUGGGCAAACUUCACCUCCACACCCCUCUUGGUGCAUGCAUUCCCAAGUGUCUCAGCCGGUUCAGACUAGUAUUCCUCUCUUCAACAGAAAUCAAACAAACACAGCAGGUUCCUUGUCUAUCUACUAGACUGUGAUCAUAGAGGUACCAUUUUGAUGAAGUCUCAGGCCAAAGUAGCAGAUGUCGUGUGUGGACUUCUAGGAAGGAAGAAGUAUUGCGUUAUUGUCGAUGUCCUAAAUAAAGCAUAUUAGGUGUUUUUAGUUCAGAUGCGAAAGGAUCAAGUGUUUAACAUCCCAAAAACAGUCUUUCAUGGGUUAUGUAGAAUUUUGAGUUUAAGAGAUGAAUCAGAUGAUGGUAAAAAUUUGAGCUUCGUUUCGUUU